AUGAAAUACUAUGUACCCGUAUUUGUUUCAGGAACACAGGUAUUCCUUCAAAAUUCAUUUUCAUCUAGACAACUGAUCUUGGUGGAUGUCCGAAACACUCUCGUUGUAUGA